GAUAAGGAAAUUAAAAAUUACAGUCAGCGUUUUGUGAUGGAUUACAUUUAAAAAAAAUAAAUGAAUUCAUAUUCAAAUGAAUCUGUGAAAUAGAGUUUUUGAGUAAAGUGUCUUAAUAACAAUGUGAAAUUAAUAAUUGAAUCUUCGAACUUAUUGUUGUUGUUUUAUUUUUAAUUGAUAAAUUUAUAUUAAGAUGUCUAAUCCUAACAAUCCCUUUGCGGGCCUAUUAGGAGCAUCAGAUGGUAAAUCUACCAACGAAAGUGAUAGCUCUAGUCCCGAACAAAUAGAUAUGGAUAUAGAACAGUCCCAAGAUGCGGAAAAGAUUAAAACAAUAAAUAAUAUAGUUCAAAAUGUUUUUCAUUUUACAAUUAAUGCUAAUGCCGUUGAAGGACAGUCAGAUAUUCAAUUAGUGUAUCUAGAAGAGCUUGCUCGAGCUAUGAGCCCUAGACUUCACAUUGACUUAGAAGCUUUGGAACAAGCUUUGUUUGAAAGACUUUUGUUACAAGAUAUUCAACAGUGUGUGAUACCUAAGACAAGUACUGUUCUAAAAGAACAUGUUAUACAGAAUCAAGUGUUUCCAUACUUGUUUAGUUCUAUGGAAAAUGUUUUAAGUUUCAAUCAGUAUGAUAAAUCAUACAUAAGAAGUGCUUUAGAGAAAAUGAAGGAGCUCAUAUUUCGCAAUGCAGUAACUGCAUUAAAACAGCCAGCAUUGUUUGAAGGGCAGGAUUUUGCUUCACAACUAGUAGAAAUACUACAACAUGUUGGUCCUCAGAGCCAUACAUUCUUUAAUGAUUUAGUUAAUGCAUUUGUAGCCGAUGGUGAUAAACACUGUGAAGUUCAAUUAAAAGAAACAAUGAUACCUGUAUUGCAGAAAAUUUAUGCAGAUAUCAAUAAGUCAAAUAUAAUCAAUCUACCAAUUUACAUUUUACCGUCAAUACAAUUAUUUGCAAGUAAUUCAAAUUUGGCACAAAUAUUGAUAGAAGCCUGUGAACCAAAGAUUGAGAAUAAUGGCCGAUUAUACCAAGAUUCUGUUAUAGGUGCAUUGUUAAACCUCUCUGUACUUCCUCGCACAGCAACAGGAAUGUAUGAAUUUUUUGAUAAUCCUAUGGAUCAGUCAGCUACAUCAGUGACUGAAACUUCAAUUUGGAAUGCAUCAUCACACUUAACAAAUAACUUGCAUAAAAUAUUCUUGAGCCUCCUAAAAGGUGGCCCACAAAUUAAAAAUAGAUUAUUAACUUGGAUUGGAAAAUGUCUCAAAACAAAUGUGGCCAGAGGAAAACUUUGGAAUAUACAGGCUGGAGAAAUGAGCGCAGCUACAAUGACUUGUGUUUGUGAUGGCUUCAUGAUAAAUCUUGGUGCAGUACUAUUGCAGUUAUGUCAACCGUUCUGUACAAAAGCAGACGAUCCAAAAUCACUGAAAAUAGAUCCUACUUAUGGUGCAGUACCUCCAGAGGAGUGUGCUGCUAAAUCAGUGCAUCUAGACUGCCUACAUAGUGAAACUUGUUUGCUCCCUGCACGGGAAUCUGAAGAUGGACAACCUGUAAAACGUCCAACUUCUGAAUCAUACAAUUUUGUAACCGAAUGCUUCUUUAUGACACAGAAAUGUAUCGAUUUAGGCGUGCGCGUGUGCGCGGAGAAGCUGUACCGCUGCGGCCAGGAGCUGGGCCGGGCGCAGCGCGCACUGAGUGACGUGUCCGCCUCGCACCGCGCCGCCGAGCCCAUGCGGCGCCGUGCCGUCUUCCUCAUGACCAAGUUCGUGAGUAUCCGCUGCGCACUACUAGAGCCCAACAUGCUGAACAACCUGCACCGACUGCAGGCGAUGACUUGCACAUGGCUGGUGCAGGUGUCUGCACGUACGGACGCACAGGCAGGUUCCUACGCUCCGGGCUCGCUGCAGACUCUACGCCUACCCAUCACCACUCCGCCACCCGACACCUUGCGAUGUGUUCCAGAGUUCGUGCUAGAAAACACAGUGGUCCUCAUAACAAUGGCUCGAAGGACUAUCAGUGCCUUACCAGAUGAAGCGGACAUCUCAGGCCUACUGCAGCCCGCACUUACACUAGUUUUGACUUUCAUGGGUGACUCGACAAGAACAUACAAUCCGCAUUUGAGAGCUCGUCUCGCAGAAUGCUUAGAAGCAAUGCUGCCAAAUCAUCCCGACGAUCAGCAGCCUUUGAGUAACAUUGCAUCAUUCUACAGGGAACAACUUUUUAAGGAACAUCCACAUAGAUUACAGCUAGUUCCAUGUCUCCUUGAUGUAUUCGUGGGUAUAGAAAUGACUGGUCAAAGUGUUCAGUUCGAGCAGAAAUUCAACUAUCGGCGUCCCAUGUACCUUGUCAUGGACUUUUUGUGGGAUAAUGAAGAACAUAGAGACGCAUUUACGCGGUUGGCACAAGAGGCCGAAGCGAAUAUGGAAGCAGUACACCCACCGAUAUUUUUACGUUUUGUAAAUUUGUUAAUGAAUGAUGCUAUUUUCCUCCUUGAUGAGGCCCUCGGAAAUAUGGCUCAAAUACGUACUUUGCAGACUGCACAAGAAUCCGGCGCCUGGAGCAAUCUGCCAGCUCAGGAGCGCGAACAGAACUUUGCUAACCUGUCGCACGUGGGCACGCUGGCGCGCUUCGACAACAUCCUGGGCCGCGACACCAUCCGCACGCUGGUGCGGCUCACGGCGCACGCGCCCUCCGUCUUCUGCCACCCCACCCUCGUCGAGCGAAUCGCGUCUAUGCUCAACUACUUCCUUUUGCAUCUUGUCGGACCUAAUAAAAAGAAUUUUAAGGUAAAAGACAUGAAAGAAUACGAAUUUGAGCCAGCCAACACGGUGCUGGAUAUAUGCCGCAUGUACGUUGAACUUGGAAACAACGAACGGUUCUGUGCUGCAGUCUCGGACGACGGCCGGUCGUACUCUCCACAGCUAUUCACAUUGGCCGAGGCUGUCUUAGUACGCAUCGGAGGUGGUGGAUUAAUAAGCUCACUGCAAGAGGUUGCAACUCGCGUAAGUACAAUUGCAGAACAAAGGCAGCGCGAUGAAGAAAUUCUUGCAAAUGCACCCGAAGAAUUCUUAGAUCCCAUCAUGAGCACUCUCAUGUUGGAUCCUGUCAUUCUGCCUAGUUCAAGAACAACCGUAGACCGCACUACCAUUGCUCGGCAUCUUCUAAGUGACCAGUCAGAUCCAUUCAAUCGAUCGCCUUUGUCUAUGGAUCAAGUUAAAUCAAAUACAGAAUUAAAGGAGAGAAUACAUUCAUGGAUUACUAUGCAAAAACAAAAAAUGCCCGAAAACCGGACAAGCACUUCCUAAAAACCUAGCUUUUACUGUUUUAAAGUGUACAAUUUUAACUGAACUAGAAUAGCUAGAAUUUCUUACGGCAAUACUAUCAUAAUUUAUAUUUUUUCUAAGCCUCACUAUGGCCACUGUACUAGGAGAUUCUUGAUCCAGAUUCAUACUAUACUUCCUAUUUUUGGCUAAGAAGCUGUGUAUAUGGUUGGGUAUUCAUUAAUUGUAAUUCUUAAUGUAUUUCUUGUUGAUAGAUAAAAAACAAAAUUUUGUAAAAAUUCAUCUAUAAUGCCCUGAGCAUUAUAUUACAAUAUCAAGAAACAUUAUUUAUUUUUUAACUAUAUUAAGAUGAGACGUCCAGAUAUUAAUUUGUCCAAUUUGAACUGUUUUUUUUUUUUCUUAAAAUUUGUUUCCAAGUACUAAAUAAUCUUGUUUGCAUUAUUUAACUUCAAUUUCAUUCUUUUUUAGCUUAAUGACUGUGCAUAACAAUCUGUUCCAACUGGGCACAGAUUGGUUUAGCCAAUGAUAUUUUACUUCUUUGUAAGAAUUGCCUGACUCUGUGAGUCAUAGGUUACCGACCGCCAAUAUUACCAUUACUAUUCCACAUAUUUGUGAUAAACUAUAAUUGGCAAGCCUAACUUGCCCUCUUGAGUAUAUGGGAUAUAUGAUACUCAGACCAAAAAAUAGGUUUAUGUAUUAGUUAAUAUAAACAUCAGUUGUUUAAAAUCUAAUUGAUAUCAUAACCAGCAAUUUUUCUGUCAUUACUUCUAGAGAGAUGUAAUCACAGUUAUCAUUUUCUCUUGAGAGAUAUAUUCUAUAAAAAGCAUAGAUUUCCUGUAGAGUUGUCACUAUUCAAAUAAAAUGUAAUUUAUAUCAGAAAUUAUGGUGUAUAAUAUAUAUUUAUAUGAUUUAAUCAAAUUAUUUAAGUGAAUUAUAUGGUGUUUGUACAUUGUUUAGGAUGUGUAUUACAGAAUUACUGCAACAUGUUUUGUAAGGUUAAUUCGCAAUAUCUAAUGGACAACAAAACAAUUUCUGAAAUAGUUUUUUUAAACAUUGAAACUUUUCUUUAAGUUUUUACUUAAAAACUUAAAGUUUAUACUUUAAUUAUAGCAGGUUUAAUAAGUAUUCUUUAUACGAAAAAUUUCAAAACCUGCUAUAAUUAAAGUAUAAACUAAAACCACAAGUGUUUGAAUAAUUUUCAAAACCAGUUUUGUUAAUUUCGAUUU